AAAAGAAAAUCUAAAUUGGAAACCUUCGUAGGUAGACACUGAGAACCAGUCCUUUGUAAGGAUAGGAUUAGAGCCAGCACUAGCUGGUGUUGCCUCAGCUCCCCCUCAUUCAUGUUCCCAUCUUUCAUAAGCUUCAACCAACAUGCUCCACUCCAACUCACUUGUGAGAGCCAUGUCCAUUUCAUUUUUAGCUCACAUUCCCAACACUGAUUCACGCCUUCUCUUGACCAACAACAUGAUGGAUUGCACUUGCACUUGUCCAUUUUACCCUCCAACAACUCUGGCCAAGGCUACAACCCGCAAGUUAACCUUUGUUUGUUCCUCCCAAAGGGUUCUCCCCAUUGAGAAGCUUCUUCAACUAAGUGUUGUUGAUGUGGGCCCCUCAAAUGCUAGUACUGUUGAUCUUUCUGAUUACUUGAGCAAUGGGAAUGGGGUUGUUGCCCUUGGUGACUCCCUCAGUGAAGAGGUGCUUAAAGAGAGGAUUAGGAGAAUGAGAAUUGGGCUGGCUAACAAGGGAAAAGUGCCUUGGAACAAAGGAAGGAAACACAGUGCAGAGACCCGGGAGCGAAUCAGGCAAAGAACUUUAGAGGCUUUGAGGGACCCCAAGGUAAGGAAGAAAAUGGCUGAACAUCCCCAUUCUCAUAGUGAUCAAACCAAGGCAAAGAUAAGUGAUUCACUGAGACGUGUUUGGCAUGAGCGGCUGAAGUCAAAAAGAUUGGUGGAACAAUUUUUUCUUUCAUGGGCACAAAGCAUAGCAAAUGCAGCCAGGAAAGGAGGGAUUGGUCAGGAAGAGCUAGAUUGGGAUAGCUACAAUAAGAUAAAACAACAGUUGGAGCUCCAUCAUCUUCUGCAGUCUAAGAAAAAGGGAAAAGAAAAGCUGAUGGCAGUUGCUGGAGCAAAGAAUAUUAUCCAGUCAUGGAAGGAAAGCAUAGCCAAAGCAGCGAAGAAAGGAGGGAGUGGGGAACAAGAACUUGAUUGGGAUAGCUAUGAAAAGAUACAAGAAGAAAUGGUUCACCUCCGUCAACUUCAGCGUACUACAGAAAAGGCAAAGGAAAAAGAGAUGGCAAGGGUAAAAGCAGAGAAAGAAGCACAGAUAAAAGCAAUUAAAAGGGUAAUCCUCACUCAAAAGAAAAAAGAUCAUCUAGAGAGGGCUAAAUUAAAACGGAAUAUAAAGAGUCAUCCCUGUGGAAAUGCAAAGGAAGGCAAAGGUUCCUUGGAAGUUACUAAAGAGUUCAAACUUUGCACUGAAGUAACUAAGAUUCAUAUAAGUAAGAACUUCAAUGGUGAAGUACCUAGAGAACAAGACGUCUUUAAUUCCAUUUUUCCAACUCACAAUAAAUUGGAUCUAGAGCUUAUCAAGAGAGAAAAAAUGCAGAAAGAAGUAUCACUUGCAGAACAGAUCCAAGCUGCUAGAGACAAAAAAGGCAAACUCCACUGAUUAUGAACCUUCUUCACAUUCCUUUUUUCAUGCUACUUCAUAUUCUGAUUGCUCAUUUACUUGGAUGUUUAUAUACAUAUUACAUUUACAGUUUCUAUGUAAAAAUAGCUGGUGACUUGUAGGGAGAACAAGUUGGCCGCUAUUGGUAGUUUGUUGGUUGUAGAAUAGGAAACUGCUCUGAAUAAUUUGAACUCAUGCUUUUAUUGGGCUUUCUAUUCCAGCUCAUUUGCUCUUAUUCCUUUUUCACUGUUUCUGUGUAAAGAAAUCUUGAUCUCUCUUUCUCCCACUAGUAAAGAAAUCUUCAAUGUGUGGUUAA